AUGGCUGGGGUGGAACAGAACAUCACCAUCGAUCCUGAAAGCACCUCCGCUGAGCUGGUUCUAAAUGUAGAAGUCACUCUUGGAAUGAAAAGUGGGCAGGAUGGUCUUGGGAAACAGAAGACAAACAUUUUACCUGCUGUGUGUGCUCUGCUGAAUUCCCAAGGAGGCAAGGUCAGGGCUCAUAUUAAAAAUCAAGACUGUAAUUACAACAAACACAGAAUAAGAGAAGAUUUGGAGACCUCUUUCAAGGCUAUUAUGCCACUUGCUCAGAACCAACUAGACUUCAAACAGGAAGGACACUGCCUUGUCAUCUCUGUGAAACCAUGCAGUCUGGAUAACUCUGGUUUGAAGCCUGCCACCAUUGCAACCAACUUGUACUUGAGAAAUGGGGCCUCCUGUUCUCCAAUGAACUUGAAUGCUGCUCUGCAACUUUUCAAAGGCCCGGAGAACCCUGGAUUAAGAUCUCCGAUAAAAACAAUGUCGUCUGACAAAAGGCCUGGGGAAGAUGUGCGAGAAGAACUCUGCAUCCAAAGACAAGAAGAGCUCAAGGGGCAAGAAGAACGGGAUGUGCAAGAAGAACGGGAUGUGCAAGAAGAACGGGAUGUGCAAGAAGAACGGGAUGUGCAAGAAGAACGGGAUGUGCAAGAAGAACGGGAUGUGCAAGAAGAACAGGAUGUGCAAGAAGAAUGGGAUGUGCAAGAAGAACGGGAUGUGCAAGAAGAACGGGAUGUGCAAGAAGAACGGGAUGUGCAAGAAGAACAGGAUGUGCAAGAAGAACGGGAUGUGCAAGAAGAACGGGAUGUGCAAGAAGAACGGGAUGUGCAAGAGCUGGCUGCGGCUUUUUUUAACCAGACAGAACUCACAGAAGAAAAAUUCUCCUUUAGCGAAUCCAUAAAUGUUGAAUAUAAAUCGUUCGAAACAAAAAAGUUGUUACAACGAGUUAAAGAUAUUCUUCCUAAAACUCUCUCUGCAUUUGCCAACAGUGACGGGGGAUAUUUGUUCAUUGGCUUAGAUGAAAAAGAAAAGCAAAUAGUUGGUUUUGAAGCGGAGAAGAGCUAUCUUGUGUAUCUAGAGAGUGAAAUAGAGAAGUGCAUCCGACAGCUGCCUGUCAUUCACUUCUGUGAGAAGCAGGAGAAGAUAAAGUACACAUGCAAAUUCAUCCCAGUCCUCAGACAGGGAGCCGUGUGCUCAUAUGUGUGUGCGCUCAGAGUGGAGAAGUUCUGCUGUGCUGUGUUCGCUGAAGAGCCUGAAUCCUGGCACGUGGAAGACAGCUGUGUGAAGAGGUUUACCUUAGAGGAAUGGGUCAAGAUCUUAAUGUCUAGCAGUCCAGGGUAAGGAAGGGGAAUUAACAAUUAGAAUACAUUUAGCUUUGGAAGUUGGAAGACUUUCUCUUGGGAAUUUGAGACAAGAUCAUUAGUUCUGACUCUACUCAGUUAGUGAUCAACAGCGGAGCUGAAGUCUCCACUGCUCCUGCCAACUACCUGGGACAGAGAUUCCUCUCACCCUGGAUAUCACAUCAACCACCUCUACUCCCUUGUAAAGAAAGCUCCAGCAUCUCCCACCUGAGCUCCAUUUCUGGCAGUAGGCAUUUCUUUCAGCAGUCUGGGCCUUGGUUGUUCGCUGUUUCUCUCCCCACCUUUUUCCCAUUGACUCUUCUCCCUGAACCGUCCUCCCUUCCAGUCACAUUAUUAGACAUCACACAGCCCUAGAGUGUGUGAUGAGAAAAGUACCUUGCGGUGUGUCAGGUUUGCAAAAGAAAAACCUCCAAUGAGGCCAGAGCAGCCCCAGCAGCCCCGAGUCUGCACAGUUCCCAGCAGCUGCUGCCGUCUCCACCCAAGCUCACCAUUGCUUCACCAGCCUCCCACCUUCUUUUCCACAGCUUUUCAAUAAAUACACAGAUAAACAAA